AUGGGACGCUCAACAGUUCUCGCAGACACAUUCGCCAUCGAGCCGAAAUCAUCCCUCGAUCCGCGAACGAGCGUCGACAGCGUCGAUGAUGGAGACCCGAAUCCAGCACAAGAAAGUACCAUCCAGCUUUUCGAGAGCGAUUUAUCUCCCGAUGAGCAACAAUGGCGGCCCGGUAUGCGCGACUGGUUGGUUUUCAUCUGUAUUGUCAUCCUGGCGAUGAUGGAUGCGUUCGACGCCGCUGUUUUGAUACCCGUCCUUCCUGAACUAGCAAACAUAUUCGACGAACCACUAGCCAGCACCCUGUGGGUAAACACCGCCUACCUCGUCUUCAGCGCCGGAAGCCAACUCUUCUUCACAAUGAUGUGCGAGGUCUUCAGCCACGGCCCCGUCUGGAUCGUCGCCGUCGUGUGCACCACUAUCGGCACGGGAAUAUGCAGCGGAUCAAUGAGUCUGACUGAACUAAUCGUCGGUCGCUUGAUCCAAGGUAUCGGUGGAGGGGGUGCCAUGAGUCUCUGUCUUGUGAUAAUGGCGGAAUCGGCACCCGAGUCUAUCCACUCGCGGUAUUCGUGCUAUAUCUUACUCACGAGGCUGAUCGGGACGACCCUUGGGCCGAUCGUUGGUGGACUGUUUGUUGAUUUUGCGCAUUGGACAUGGGCGUUUUAUUUUAACUUUAUUUUCUGUGCGUUGAGUUUGCUUGUUAUUCCGUUUGCUGUUGAUUUGCGAGUAUCGAAGAAUAUUCCGCUUCGAAAGUUGCGGAUUCUGGACUGGUCUGGUGCCGCAAUGGCUUUUCUGGGUCCGGGUACUAUUCUUGUUGGUUUGAACUGGGGUGGCAGUUUAUAUCGAUGGAGUGAAUGGCAGACGCUGGUGCCUAUUGUUGUUGGGGUGGCGAUUAUUAUUGCAAUGGUGUUUUACGAGUCAACUUGGGCUUUGCAUCCGCAGUUUGGGUUGCGCGUGUUUCAGACUCGGGCUACGGUGAUGACAUACGUGGGCUGUUUCCUCCAUGGCUUUGUGGUCUACUGCCAGCUACAGUUCUUCACCUUUUAUUUCAUGUCCACCAAGUACUUCAGCACUACCCUCUCUGGCCUCUCUCUAUUCGCCAUCGCCGGUCUCGCAAUCGUACCAGCCGCACUGGUUGGCAUUAUCCUGGCGCGAGAGUCGCAGUGUACCAAGUGGAUAAUUUCCGGGGGCUGGCUUCUCAUGGUUCUUGCGUCAGGUUGCUCCAUUCUCCUCGAUAGCAAGACUCCCACAGUUGGAUGGGUCUUCUUAUUCCUCUCGAUUGGACUGGCCCAUGGCCUUUUGCUGUCAAGCUACAAUAUUCGCAUUCACAAUAUCCCCAAGGCCGAAGGUACUACUUUGCCAACCAACCCGACCACCAUCUCAAACUUUAUGCGUUCAUGGGGAAUGGCGCUCGCCAUUCCAGUCGGUGGGGUCAUUUUUCUGAACCGCUUCGGCUAUGAACUUCAGAGUAUUGGUCUGAGGUACGAUCUCAUCAACACCGCCAGAGGGUAUGUGAUCCUGAUGGAUCAGGUGAGGAUGGCGGAGGGCCAGAGAGAAGCGGUUCAGGAUGCUUCUGCACUGGCCUUAUCAGUCGUGUGGGAGGUAGUCACAGGCGUCGCUGCUAUAGGUGGCCUUUCGUCUGCCUAUUUGUGGACGAAAAGGCAGUAA